AUGAGCUCUACGGAACAAUCUCUUCUUCAUGCGAAAUCGGAGAAAUCCUCGGCCGUCGAAGACCAGGACCCCGUGCAACCUCUAAACGCAGCGAAACCGGAGAGCAACGUUGCAAUUGGGAGUCUCUUGGUCGACAAAGUGAAGGCUGAGAAAUCCGCCGUCGAGAAGGAGCCUGAGGCUUUCCGACAAGCCGUGGCCAAUAUUCUCGAGAAGCGUUCUUUCUACAAUCCAUCUUUCGAUAUUUACGGUGGCGUCGCUGGACUUUUAGAUUACGGUCCCAGUGGCCGCCUUGUUGAACUUAAUGUACUUAGCUUCUGGCGUAAGUAUUUCGUUAAUGAGGACAUGCUUGAAGUUGGUUGUUCAGCUUUGACACCAGAGAUCGUUUUUAAUGCCUCUGGCCAUGUAAAAAAAUUUACUGACCUUAUGGUCAAGGAUGAGAUAACUGGUGCAUUUCACCGUGCCGACCACUUGAUCAAGGGUUAUUGUGAAAGGCGAAAGAAAGAUGUUAGCAUCUCUGAUGAGAAAUCUGCUGAAUUGGAUAAUCUCCUCGCUGUUGCGGAAGAUCUUUCUGCAGAAGAGCUUGGUGCCAAGAUUAAGGAAUAUGGAAUCACUGCUCCCCACACUAAUAAUCCACUUUCUCAUCCUCCUCGCCCCUUCAACUUGAUGUUUCAAACAUCCAUUGGCCCAACUGGUUCCGCUCUCGGUUACCUGCGUCCUGAAACUGCUCAAGGCAUUUUUGUCAACUUUAAGAACUAUUAUAAUGACAAUGGGAGAAAACUUCCUUUUGCCGUGGCUCAAGUUGGUCGAGUCUUUAGGAAUGAGAUAUCCCCUCGUCAAGGGCCUAUAAGAGCUCGUGAAUUCUUGCUGGCAGAAAUUGAGCACUUUGUUGAUCCUGAGAAUAAGUCACAUCCCAAAUUCCCUGACGUAGAAUCAUUGGAAUUGCUUAUGUUUCCUAGAGAAGAACAAGAAAUGUCUGGCCAAUCUGCGAAAAAACUUUGCCUUGGCGAAGCUGUUGCCAAUGGCACUGUCAACAGUGAAACUCUAGGAUACUUCAUUGGGAGAGUGUAUCUUUUCCUUGUCUCUCUCGGCAUAGACAAGGAACGGCUGCGUUUCCGCCAGCACAAAGCAAAAGAAAUUGUAAAGGUAUAG